AUGCGCGAGAAGACGGUCGUCGCCUGCAAGGAAUGCCUGAUAGACCGUGAUCAACUCAGGUUCCCAUCCUCCCGCCCCAUCGUCGAUGCCUGGGAGCCGCCGCCACCUCCACCCACGCUUCCGGGCGACGACGACUCUUCACCAGGUGAUAAUGUUUGGUCGACACAGUCUUACGCUGAGGAAAAGAAGUGCCAGGUGACCCAGUCUGUUAACUCUUGGCUAAACCAGGCCCGGUUGGAGUGGGCGAGGGACACGGACGCGUCGGUCGAGAACUGGAGGGCAUGGCAGAUGGCACCACCAACAUCUGAUGAAUCAUAUGUUAACUCGGGUGGCCAAGCUGAUGAUGAGCCGGAGAUACAGUUCCCCCUUUCUCCAUAG